AUGGCAAAUAAAGGAAAAUUUAUCGACAGAUCACCUAUAAUACGUGCUGCGGGGAAGUCUACGGGCAUAGCUGAGAAUACCGUGGCGACAACAUUAAGGGAAUAUUCUCUAGAGGAUCAAAUAACAGCCAUUAAACAUGACGCGAAUAUUUGGAAGGAGGACGUUUUCAUUCCACCUAGAAAUCUACCACCGAUUAAAAUCGCGGAAUUUUAUUGUAAUAUUACAAUAUAUAUACAGGUGAAAAAACUAUUAAACCCACCAAUGCUAACGAGGUAUCAGGAAUUAAUAGAGAAUUUAAAAGAAACCCCAUACGCAAGUUUCUGGAACAAGGAGCUUGGUAAAUCUAGAGACUAUGUUCCUGGGUUACCAGCUGGUACGGUCCCGGAAUUAAUCACGUUUGGCUCGCCACCGGUCAUAGAACCAACGAUGAAAGAGUUGGUAAACCCCCCGAAAACUCCAUACGAGGUGCUCUGGGACAGCCAAGUUGCACAUGAAUGGUACAAGAAAACUCACAACGAUUAUAACCCGUCCGAGAGGAUUACCAGAGGUUACAAUGAACACUUUGAUCCCACUCAAAGAUUUGGAGGUAAAAGCCGAUACGACCUGAGAGGCAUAUGGGUAAGAUGUGCUUGCGACUGGCACCACAAGGAAGCCGCAGUUUCCGCCAAUAAAAUAAAAGCAAAUUUCAUCGAACGAACAAAACCGCUACUUGGAAAAGUCUUAGCUCCUAAUCAUAAUGUAUAUUGCGUCCCGAAAGGUCACCGUUUUGGAAAAGUAAUUCCCAAGCCAUUUUACGGCAUAUCCGAGCUGUUGAAAGACUCAAACGUGACGCCAUGUUUGUUUAAGCGAGACUUCUACAAGUGGCUAGGGUCGCUGAACCGUUUGAAAUUGUUGUUGAAACAAAGAAGCAAUAAAGAUUUGCAUUUGGACGAUUUCUACAGGACAGCCAUGUAUUUUGACAAAGAGAAGACGGGAUGGUUGCCGAUAGACACAUUUUACGAGUUGUGUGCCUGUCAAGCACUCACUUUUCCCAAGGAAGACAUCGAAUCUCUUAUGAAAGUCCUGGGCGUUAUUGUCGACGACAAAAUCGACUAUAAAAGAUUCAUUGAAAUGAUUAACAUCCAUUCGCCAUCGUUCGAGAUAAUGGAGUUUAACGAUAUCCCCAAGGAAAGCAGGUACUACUUAACGACGAAUCAGGCUGCAAGUUGCGACUACCUGGUAAUGGACAAUUCAGGUAUGCGUGCCGCGGGUGUACCGUCUAUCCGUUACGAUAUACAACAUCCCGUCACUCCUUUCGGAGGUUGCAGGGCGGAUAUAGGACACCUGGGAGAUUAUACUUCGGCUAACGCCUUGAUUAACCCCAGCAUAUACACUAAUUACGGGCUGACCUACAGGGAUUUCUUCGUGCCGAGAUCUCCGCAAACGAUUCGGACCCUAUUCGAAAAAGUGGGGUACAGCUUCCCGGGGGACACGUUCGAAAGGCUGUGGAAAGUUGGCGUAGCAAUAGAUAAAACCGGGUUGGUGUGCGUCGACACGUUCAAGAUGUUACUAAAAACACAUAGACCCUAUCCGAAAUUAGCAGUGGACGAGCAGGAAUGCAAGAAGAGUCCGAAAUUAGCAGUGGACGAGCAGGAAUGCAAGAAGUGUCCGAAAUUAGCAGUGGACGAGCAGGAAUGCAAGAAGAGAUAUCAAUAA